AUGCAGCACCGCUUCACGAAUGCCCCCUCUUAUGGAUUGGACUUCUCCAACUCGCUCGACCCGUGGAAGGACAUGAAGCAGCUGUGGACCGAGGCUGCGGCUGACAAGAUCGCCCCCGUCACCGGCCCAAGCACGAGGACCCUGGACCCCAUUACCACUGGUACCUCGGUGCUUGCCAUCCAGUACAAGGACGGCGUGAUGCUUACUGCCGAUACUCUUGUGUCGUACGGUUCGCUUGCUCGAUUCCGAUCGUGCUCGCGCAUCAAGAAGGUGGGCGAGUACACCAUUCUGGGUGCCUCGGGCGAGUACUCUGACUUCCAGUCCACCUCGGUCAUGCUUGACGAGCUCAUUGAUCGGGAUCACGCCUAUGAGGACGGCGCCAAGCUGCACCCGCACGAGAUCUUCUCUUACCUGGGUCGCGUCAUGUACGGCCGACGCAACAAGUUCGACCCUCUCUGGAAUCAGUACAUCCUUGCCGGCUUCCGCGAUGGCAAGAGCUUCCUCGGUCAGGUGGAUCUCUACGGCACGGCUUUCCAGGACAGCACCCUCGCCACGGGCUACGGUGCGCACAUCGCCAGGCCAUUGAUGCGCAAGGCCUACAGGCCCGACCUCUCCGAGGAGGAGGCGCGAAAGGUGCUGGAGGAUUGCAUGCGCGUGAUGUUUUACCGCGACGCCAGGACCAUCAACAAGAUCCAGCUGGCCAAGGUGACGGCAGAGGGUGUCGUCGUGUCGGAGCCCUACUCGCUGGCCACUGAGUGGACGUACAACGAAAUUGCCCUGGGCUACCCGCGACCCGAGUAA